AUGGAUUACAUUGAACGACAAGCAGAAGAAUCAGAAGGCGAAGAAUCAUCGUCAUCUACUUCGUCGACGGAGCAAGACCAGCCGAAAGCCAAGAAGAGGAAAAUACAAAAAGAGAAGAAAAAGAAAAGCAAACGUGUUGUUGAAAGCGACGACGAAGAAGAAGAGGAGGACGAUGAUGAGCAAGGUGCUGAAGAGAUGAAAGGAUUUAUCGCAGAUGAAGAGGAAGAUGAGGAAGAUGCUGAUGAUGACAAAUCUGAAAAGUCAGAAAAAUUGGAAGAUGAGGAAGAUGAACUAGAUGACGACGACAUCGAUUUGAUACAAGAAAAUCUUGGUAAUAGAAAAGAAAAAAAGCAGCGUAUUAUUCAACCAGAAGAUUCUGAUGAAGACGUUGAUGACAGAACGGCCAUACAAAAGAAACUGUUUGGCGAGGGUGAUGAUGGCGAAGGUCCUUCAAGUUUGCGCGAAGGGGACCUCAGCGGGGACGAAUCCGAUAGGGAGCGAUAUUCAGAUUCAGAGCAAAGCGGUAUCUCACUUCACAUAUUACUUAUUGAGGAUAAUUUCAUUGUUAACGAAGAUGGUGGGCGACAUACGCAUCGGCAUCACAGGCGAAGGGAUGGAAACAUGCCUGAGGGCGCCUUGGAUGAAGCGCGUGACGUCUUUGGUGUUGAAGACUUUAAUUUUGAUGAAUUUUACGACGAAGAUGAAGAACCCGUUGAUGAAGAUGAUGAAGACCAAGAGGAUCUCAUGGACGAUGAGGGUGAAGGCGAGGGAAGGGUACGACGUGUCCGAGCAAAAGAGAAAACAAGUACACUUUUGGAUGCAAUGGAACCAUCAGAGCUUGAAAGAGGCUUUAUGGCUCCGGCCGACAAAAAAAUCCAGCUUGAAGAUAAACCAGAAAGGUAG